AUGUCCGGCGGGGGAAAUAUCAAGGUCGUGGUCCGAUGCCGCCCGCUCAACUCUCGCGAGCUAAAGCGCGGGGCCAAGGGCCUCAUUCGUAUGGAGGGGAGCCAGACUAUCCUCCAACCUCCAGAAGUCUCUGGCGGCUCAAGCCGUGCGACUGAGAAGAAACCCCAGGUGUUCUCGUUUGACAAGUCGUACUGGUCCGCCGGCGAGCGCACAGAUUCAGACUAUGCCAGCCAGCACACGCUGUACGAAGACCUGGGUGUCGACCUCCUCGACCACAGUUUCGAGGGUUUCAAUACCUGUAUCUUUGCAUACGGCCAAACGGGAAGUGGCAAGAGUUACUCUAUGAUGGGAUACGGCGCCGACAAGGGUAUCAUCCCUCUCACAACAGGAGAGCUCUUCCGACGAGUCGAGGAAAGGUCGGCCAACGACCCCAACCUGUCUUACCAGGUUGAAGUGUCUUACAUUGAAAUCUACAAUGAGAAAGUUCGUGACCUUCUCAACCCCAAGAACAAGGGAAACCUGAAGGUUCGCGAGCACCCGUCUCUGGGUCCAUACGUGGAAGACCUGUCCAAGCUCGUUGUGGAGAACUACAGUCAGAUGAUUACGUUGAUGGACGAGGGUAACAAGGCGAGAACAGUGGCUUCGACCAACAUGAACGAAACGUCGUCGCGCUCGCACUCAGUGUUCACUCUUAUUCUCACCCAGAAACGACUGGAUCCGACAAGCAAGAUGACUGGCGAGAAGGUGUCAAAGAUCUCGCUCGUCGACUUGGCCGGAAGUGAGAGGCAGACUUCGACUGGUGCCACUGGCACGCGACUCAAAGAAGGUGCCAAUAUCAACAGGUCCCUCACCACUCUCGGCAAAGUCAUCGCCGCUCUGGCGACAGCCAGUGAGAACAAGGGCAAGAAGGGGUCCAAGGGCGAGUUUGUCCCGUACCGAGACUCUGUCCUCACCUGGCUUCUCAAGGAGAGUCUGGGCGGUAACUCCAAGACGGCAAUGAUUGCGGCCAUUUCUCCAGCAGACUACGACGAGACACUCAGUACCCUUCGCUACGCCGAUGCGGCCAAGCGUAUCAAGACGCACGCCGUGGUCAAUGAAGAUCCCAAUGCCAAGCUUAUUCGCGAGCUUAAGGAGGAACUCGAGAUGCUCCGGAGUCGUGUCAGCGCUGGAUCCGGCGCCACAGAGGAAGCCGUCUUUGACCCAACCAUUCCUCCAGAGAAGCAGAUUGUAACGUAUCGCACUAAAACAGGCGAGAUCAAGACUGUCACCAAACUCGAACUGCAGGACCAGCUACAAGCGUCGGAGAAGCUCAUGGAGAGCCUCAACCUCACCUGGGAGGAGAAGAUGACCGAGACGCAAAAGAUCCAUGUCGAACGCGAGAAGGCCCUCGAGGAGCUGGGUAUCUCCAUCGACAAGGAUAUGGUCGGCGUUCAUGCACCUCAACGAAUGCCCUCGCUCGUCAACCUGAACGAAGAUCCUUUAAUGUCCGAGUGCCUCAUCUACCAGCUGAAACCUGGCACCACCAUGGUCGGCAGCGUGGAUGGCGGCAAGGCGCAUAUCAGGCUAUCUGGCGAGCACAUUCUCGAGGAACACUGCAUCGUCACCAACACGGACGGCGAGGUCACUCUGGAAUGCAAGACGGACGCGCGCACGUUUGUCAAUGGCAAGCGCGUCACACCCAACUCGCCCGUCAAGUUGAGUCACGGCUUCCGAGUCAUUCUGGGCGACUUUCACGUGUUCCGCUUCAACGAUCCGGCGGGCGUUCGCGCCCACAGGACUCGCAUGUCGGGCAUGUGGGGGCCCAACGGCAUUCAGCCCGAGACGCCCAGUCGGUCCGACUCGCCAGCACCCAACGCAGAGCUCAUGGACUGGACGGCGGCGCGACGCGAAGUGGCGGACAUUUCAGCUUUGGGCAAUGAGGAUCUGGACAAGCUGUUUGACGAUAUUGUCAAAGUGCGAACGCUACGCCGACGUCCUGAGAGCCGCCUCGACAUGGCCACCGAGGUGGAAUCACGCCUCUUUGCGCAUUCUGUCGCGGGCGAGUCUGAUGCCAUGGCAAACCCGUGGGAGGGCCAGGGCAACAACAGCAUGCUCGGGCCCAUCGACGACGCAGACUCGUCAAGCGGCACUCCCACCGAGGGACCUGACACUGCCGAGAGCUACUCUCGGAACGGCGGUGGCGUGACGAUCAGCAGCCCACGGGUACCCGAUGACGCGGCACUGGAGCAGCAGGCUUUGACCAAGCAGCUGCAGACACUAGCCCUAGAAGUCAAGCGUAUUAGGACCCAGGCAGCUGUGGCGCGUGCCCGUGGUCUGCCCAUGCCCGACUUUACAGAGUGGACACCGCGCGAGCUCGUCCUAGCUCGACAGGUGGCGGACCGAUGGAAGCUGCUGCGCAACUUUGCCAUGGCCGAGGAGCUCUUGAUGAACGCCGGCGAUGUGCGCGAGGCGAACAUCAUUGCCAAGCAGAUGGGUCGCAAGAUGUCGUACAACUUUGUCAUUGCCGACGGGCACAUGGUCUCUCCCAAGUCUGCGCUUGAAGACCUCGGCAGCAUCAUCGAGUUUGACGACGUGUCCGAUUCCACAGAGGCCGCUGCGGGUCCUCGCGUAAUGGUCAAGGUUGUUGAUCACGAGUCCACAUCGGUGUAUACCUGGAAUCUCCACCGGUUCCAGCAACAGCUGGCUAAGAUGCGCCAAGUGCUCGUCGUCAAGGAUAAGCCAAACUACAGUGUACACCUCAGCGUGCACACGCCGUUCGCCGACAACCCCGCGCCGAGCUACAGCUGUAUCGGUGCUGCGCGCGUGCCCCUCCGUCUCCUGUCCCACCAGAUAAGCCACACAGUGACCAUCCCCAUCUUCUGCGCGUACACCAUGGAGGCGAUCGGCUCGUGCCGCGUCGACUUCAAGUGUACACCUGUGUCUGGGUCUGGAGUGGCCACACCAGACUCGAUGGCCACUGCCAACGGCACCGUCCUACGCGCGCCGCCGUUUGGUCAAAAGUUUGUGUUCACGGUCACGGUUGACAAUGUGAGGGGCCUGGGGUCGGACGACUUUGCCGAGGUACACGCCCAGACGCGUCUGUCGUCGCUCGUGGGACCAAGCAUUGCGUCCGAGGACACAUUCGCCUCAGCAGCUGUCAAGCUCGACAAGGUCUCAGUGUCGCACUUGAGUCUCCGUCGAUCCCUGUCUGUGCUCGUCACCAGUGACAUGGUUUCGCACCUCGCCACGGGUUACGCCACGGUCGAGUUUUUCGCCCGUGUGCGAGACGCCUACCUCGAGCGCCUGGAACGGUUCGACAUCACCAAGGAGAAGGACCGUGCCGCGGAGCUCAAGCAGCUGGAGCAGCAGAGCCAGACCAACAGCGGCACUGCUACCCCGGAUCGUCCGCAAAUGCGCCGAGCCGAGACCGAGGUGGUCAAGACGCAGCACCACGACCUGCUUGCUAGUGUCGAGGUGCUUGAGAUGGGUGCAGAUGGCGAGUACGAUGCCGCCGAGGUCGAGGACGACAUUGUCCAGCUCCACCUCGGCGUCCAGCGCCAGCUGCGCGUCACCUUGGCCCACUCGUCUGGCCGUACACUGGAGUGGACGCGGAUUGUCCACGGCAGCGUCGGCAGUGUCCGCAUGCUGCCCAAAGACGGCGGCCUGCCCAUCACCGUCGACUCCAAGGACGUCACUCUCCAACUGUCCAGUACGGUGCAGUACAACUCGGACGGCACGGCCCAGCUCAUGGCUCGGGGAACGUGGGACUCUGCAGCGCACCACUGUGCGCAGCUCGACAAGCGCACACGCAGCGAAGAGACCAUCAUAGUGAAGAUGACGUUCAUGGUCGAGAUUGAGGGCGUCGACGAGCCCGCCAUCCUGCCAUUGGACAUGCGUGUCCGCAUCAUUGGGCGCGACGUGCGUCGGUCGUCGUUGCGAGCGUUCUGGCGUGCCCGGCCAGUUCACAACGUGGUGGCUAUUUACACAGUGGACCUCACGCCUCCGAUGGCGAGGACUGCGCGCGAACUGUGGCGCCUGGACACGGCCAAGAAGCCUGUUCCCGGAGAGAACCUGUUGGGCGGGUGGCGGCCCCGUAGCAUGGCGCUGGUGCGCGAGUAUGCCACGCUCGUGCGCACGCGCCGCGCCAUUGCGGAUGUGCAGACCACCAAGGUGGUCCUGGACGCCAUCGCCGCGGACGACAUCAAGGAGACAUCUAGCGACGACGAGGCGGCACGCAACAAGCUGCUGGGCAGGUGCUUGGGCAUGUGGCAGCGCGAGAUCAACACGCGUAUCGAGUUUGACGUCGAGAAGGAAAGCGAGGCCGAAAAGGAGCUGCAGCAGCGUCUGCGUCGUCUCGUGCCCGACCUUGAGCCGCGACUGGUCCCGACCGUACGCCAAGUCACACCAAAUGAUAGCAUUAUCAAACGGGGUACGCUGGCCCUCCUCAAGGACUCGAGCGAGAAUAUGUGGGAUGAGGUACAGGCUGUGCUCCGCCCGCCGUACCUGCAUCUGCAUCCGGACCAGAACAAGCGAGAGACACAGGUCAUCAACCUGUCCAACGCGACCGUGACGGCGUCUCCAGACGUCCAGAUGCUGCUUGGUCGACGGUUCGCAUUCACCGUGUAUACGCCGACCAAUUCGUACAUUAUCCAGGCGGGGACGCAGCGCGAGCUCGACGACGAUCACCUUCCCUCCGUUCACAGAGUACAGCAGCCCGCCGCGACGAGCGCUCAGGCGCACUCCGUGCGCCGCGAUCCACUCUACCGCGACCUACGCGAAGAGCGUUCUCCACGCCAACACGAGUACGCCGCCGCCGCCGCCGCUGCGACUGUAGGACGUCGCUUCGACUACGCCUACCUCGCCGCCAGCAGCGGAGAACGUGAUCGAGACCCGCUCCCGCCGUCGACCUCGUUGGACCGCGACCGCGACCGCGACAUCGACGUCUACAGGGAACCCCGUGGCGACGAACAUCAUCUCCGAGACUUUGUUCACGGCCCGCCACCACUCCGACGGCUGUCGGCACCAUCUGUGUCUCUGCCUCCCCCGCACAACAACUCGGCGGGUCCCCUUCCUCCCCUUCCAUCCCCGUCUGCGCUUGCUCGCCACCCACACCGAUCCUAUCUUCCCCCACCAUCCCUUGCACCGCGUUCACACGCACCACCACCGGCCAUCUCCAUCCCGACACUGAGUGCCAGUGCCGCCCGCUACGCAGACCAGCCGCAGACUGCGCCGCUCCAGCACAGCAGCUUUGCGCGUCUCCAACCGCCCCCACCGCGUAGUGCCGGUUUACGCCCAGCGUCGCCCGCCUUCCCACCGUCGUUUGCGCGCCAAAACUCGCAUUUGGCACCACCCUACGGCGGAUCUGCAACCUCGUCGGCUUCGUCUUCUAUCGGACUGGACGAGCGUGCCCUUCGUUCUCCACACCCGCCCCUCACAGCAAUCUAUCCCCAAAGCCACCAGUGGCCACCACCACUUGCCUCUCUCCUCGACCACCGCGACUUGCGCGACCCUCUCCUGCGGGAAGCGGUUGUUGACGACUUUUCGCGCCCAUACAGAAGCUCGCCCUUGGCAGACGCCCAGAACUCGUUGUCGUCGAGUUCCUACUAUCAUCCUACGCGCCCAGAGUACCCAGACUACUCGCAGCCGCCAUCCCAUCCCAAACACCCAGCCUCUCCCUCCUUUAUUUCGGCGCCGCCGCUUUUGCACAUCCAGCAGCAGCAUCAGCAGCAGCCCCGUGACUCUCCCCUCCGUAUCCCCCCACCUCUCAAGUUCAACUACUCUGCAUCUCCACCACAACUAGCCGACAACAUGCCGCCUCGUAAAAAGGCUGCUGGCUCGACUGCCACCAUUACUAGCACCCCUGCCACUGUGUCAUCAACACGAAGCUCGCGCCGUAUUGCGGGCUCGGGUGGCGCGCCUACCUCAAAGGGCAACGGUUGGACCACAGAGUACACGUAUGAUUCUGUCGGACAGCCAAAGGAGGUCGUCGUCGUUCACGACAGCGCAAGCCCGAUCCCCAAGAAGAGGACUCGCGCAGCAGUGGCCGCGGCCGCCGCUGCCGCUGACAAGUGGACCAACGGCCUUGUGAAUGGCGCUGCGGCCAAGAAGCGCAAAGUGGAAGAGGAAGAGGCCCUUGCCAAGAAGGCAAAGAAGCCUGCCUCAACACAAGCACAGGCUGUGCCAGCACUCCCCGUCGCCCAGCCAGCUGCUGCUGCUGCUGCGGCGGCGGCGGCUACCACGUCUGCGGCUCCAGGUCAACCGGCCGUUCCAGCGUGGGACGAUCCCGAAGGCCACUACAUUGUCAAGCCAGACGAUGUCAUUGCCGGACGAUAUAAGAUCGUUCGACUGCUUGGACAAGGCACUUUUGGCAAGGUCGUCGAGGCGCGGCACAUCGAGUCGAGGAAAAAGGUCGCCAUCAAGGUCAUUCGCGCCGUGCAAAAGUACCGUGACGCGAGCAAGAUUGAGAUUCGUGUUCUCGAGACACUCAAGAAGAAUGACGCCACCAACGCGUACAAGUGUAUCCACUUGACAGAGUAUUUCGACUAUCGCAAUCACCCCUGCCUCGUCUCGGAGCUCUAUGGCAUGAGCGUGUUUGACUUUUUAAAGCUCAACCACUUCCAGCCGUUCCCCGAAAAGCAUAUUCAGGACUUUGCAAAGUCGUUGCUGUCGAGUGUGCAGUUUUUGCAUUCGCUCAAGCUCGUUCACACGGACCUCAAGCCGGAGAACAUCCUGCUCGUGCACAACGAGUCACGGCUGCAAGGACCUCGUCGUGCCAAUGCCCGCUCAAAGUCAAUCUUGCGCAACACCGAUAUCCGUCUCAUCGACUUUGGCUCGGCAACGUUUGAGAACGAGUACCACUCGUCAGUGGUUAGCACACGCCACUACCGUGCACCAGAGAUUAUCCUAGGCCUGCCAUGGUCGUACCCGUGUGACAUGUUCUCGAUCGGCUGUAUCCUUGUCGAGUUCUUCACUGGCGACGCAUUGUUCCAAACGCACGACAACCUCGAACACUUGGCAAUGAUGGAGGUCGUCAUGGGCAAGAUGCCAGCGCGCAUGGUCGAACGUGGAAGGCUCAAGAAGCCCGAGUUUUUCAAGGGCCACAAGAUCGACUUUCCCAACCCCUCAGUGUCCAAGAGUUCGCGCAAGUUUGUCAAGGGUCUCAAGUCGUUGCGUGACAUUAUCCCAUCGACCAACAACACCAACGCACUGUUCCUCGACUUGAUCGUUCGCUUGCUAGACUUUGACCCCGAGCUGCGAAUUGACGUCAACAAGGCGCUCGACCACCCAUACUUGCGCGCCAACAUUCCCGAACCCCCGUAG